AUGCUCCUGUCGUGCGCACCGGCUUUGCUUGCCUUCUCCGCCGGCCGCUCCGCUGGUUGUGGCACAGCCGCAGGCAGCCUCGUCGAGGUGAGUCCGACGCUCGCGAUUGGCGUGUGUGAGGAAGGCAUCCUUCGCGUCGUGCGUGCUCCCUCUGAUGCCAAGGCUGCGCUUCUGGCUCGCGAAUCGCUCAUGGUCGAUCCUACAUUCCCGAGCACGACGCCCAGAUACACUGUCACCCGUGAGGGUCCUGCAACGACAGUGAUGACCACGAGCACGCUCAAGGCGACCAUUGACAUGGCCUCCGAACACAUCACCUUCUACGACGUUGCCAGCGGCACCAAGUUGACGGCCGACUUUGCACAUCGUUUCGUGCCGACCACCGACCCGGCGCUCGGCAACGCGUCGUCUUACGUGCUCUCGCAGUCGUGGCAGCUCGCGCCCGACGAGGGCCUCUACGGCGGCGGCCAGUACCAGAACGGCUACGUCGGCUUCGAGGGGAUGCCGAUCGAGAUGGUGCAGUACAACACCGAGGCCGUCGUGCCCUUCUUCGCCUCGACGCGCGGCUACGGCAUCCUGUGGGACAACAACGCGUGGUCGCACCUCAACCCCCCCGAGGGCGCGCCGCUCCACUUCUCGAAAAGCCCCUCCGGCGCUCUCGUCGCGUCCUUCACGCCCACCGUCUCGGGCGACCACGCCGUCUUCGCCGACCUGUGCGCCGGCUUCGGCUGCGGCUCCAUCAAGGGCGGAGUCCUCUCCCUCGCCGUCGUCGACAGCUCCAGCGGCGCGGUGCGGCGCGUGCAGGAGUGGGACCGGCUGGCCAACCUCCCCGACUCGAUCUCUGGCAAAGCGCGGGGCCUCCGCGCGGGCGUGCGCUACGAGCUGCAGCUAGUCGGCACCACCUCCGCCGAGAAGGUCUUCGUCGUGCCUCCGUCGAAGAGCACGACCAUCCGCUCGAAGCUCGGCAAGCUGAUCGACUACUACUUUGCCUUUGCCGGACCCGCGGCGCCCAGCCCGCUCGACGGCGCAAUCUCUGGCUACCGCAACAUCACCGGCGCGGCGCACCUCUACGGCCGCUGGGCAUACGGCUUCUGGCAGUGCAAGGAGCACUACAAGUCGCAAGCAGAGCUACUCGCCGCGGCCGCCCGCUUCCGCGAGGAGCGCAUCCCCCUGGACGCGAUCGUGCAGGACUGGCUCUACUGGGGCUCGCUCGGGUGGGGUCCGCAGUGGGAUCCGGCCUCGUACCCCGACCCGGCGGCGCUGGUGGCGCAGCUGCGCGAGGCUCACCACCUGAAGCUGAUGGUGAGCGUCUGGUCCAAGUUUGACCGCAAGACGAGCUUCUUCAAGGCGAUGGCGGCCGAUGGCUGCCUGCUCAACGGCUCCAACUAUUACGACGCGUGGAGCUCCGCAGCGCGCGAGCGCUUCUACAGCUUCUCAAAGGCGGCGCACUUUGCGAUCGGGGUCGAGAGCCUCUGGCUCGACGCGACCGAGCCGGAAAACUUCCCGAACCGCGACCAGCGCUGCGCGGGGCCCAGCGGCUCGGGCAACGCCGACUUCAACUCGUACUCGCUCCAGACGACACGCGCGAUCGCCGACGGCCUCCGGCGCGACUUUGGCGACAGCCAGGGACGGCGCGUUUUCUCGCUCACGCGCUCGGCGUUUGCGGGGCAGCAGCGGACCGGUGCUACGCUCUGGUCGGGAGACAUCAGCGGCGCGUGGGACGCGCUGCGCCGGCAGGUCGCCGCGUCGCUCAACUACGCGGCGUCCGGCAUGCCUUACUGGUCAGAGGACAUCGGCGGCUUCUUCCGGCCGGAUGGGCAGCACACGGACCGCGGCUACGCGGCGCUCCUCACGCGCUGGUUCCAGUUUGGCGUCUUCACGCCCAUCUUCCGCGUGCACGGCACAAACGGCAACACCGAGCUGUGGGAGUUUGGAGCGCAGACGCAGCGCCACAUUGUCCAGAGCGCCAUCCGGCUGAGGUACCGGUUACUGCCGUACAUCUACUCUGGCUUCCACCGCGUCGCCGCAGAGGGCUACACGAUGCAGCGCGCCCUCGCCUUUGACUUCCCGGAGAGCGCCCGUGCGCGCACCACCGCCGACGCCUUCAUGUUCGGCCCGGCGCUGCUCGUCGCCCCGCUCGUCUCCAACGCAACGUCGCGCUCCGUCCACCUCCCUCCCACCCCCGGCGCGUGGCGUGGUUUCUACGACGGGCAGCCGUACGCAGCGGGCGACGUGACGGCCUCGCCCGCGAUCGACGAGGUGGCCCUCUAUGCGCGCGCCGGCUCGCUCGUCCUGCUGGGCCCCGACCUGCAGCAUGCCGACGAGAAGCCGGCCGACCCUCUCGAGGUGCGUGUCUACGACGGCGCCGACGCCAGCUUCACCCUCUACGAGGACGACGGCGUGAGCGCCGCGGACGCGACGGGCGGCGCCUCCUCUGGCAGCGCGACGAUCCGAAUCGCGUGGGACGACGCGGCCGAGACGCUCACCGUUGGGGCGCGCGCGGGCAGCUUCCCUGGCAUGCUCGCCGCGCGCACGCUGCACCUCGUGCGCGUUGCGCCGGGCCGCGGCGUCGGUGUGGCUCCCGCCGCCACGCCCGACAGGGUGGUGGCCUACUCGGGCGCAAAGCUGGUUGUGUCGCUACGAACGAAGCGCGUGAGAUGAGAUCACACGGCGAGCCGAGCGCCGAGGGCGAGGCCGCCCUGCACAGUCUUUAGCGUCUCAGUACUCAGACAGGCGCCUCUCUCUUGUGAAAUUCGCUCUUGUCAUGUCUCAGAGUCUCAGAGACAGUUUUUACGUAGAGAGAGCGCAAAGUAGUACGGU